UCUUCUGGCACCAGCUCGUGCCGCGCUCGGGACCUCCUUCCGGAUCUCGGUUUCCCUUUGCGUGGGGCUCGCAGCUGCCGCCGCUUUCCCGCGGAGCAUGGGGCUGCCUCGCCGGGCAGGGGACGCGGCGGAGCUGCGCAAGAGCCUGAAGCCGCUGCUGGAGAAGCGCCGGCGCGCGCGCAUCAACCAGAGCCUGAGCCAGCUCAAGGGGCUCAUCCUGCCGCUGCUGGGCCGGGAGAACUCCAGCUACUCGAAGCUGGAGAAGGCGGACGUCCUGGAAAUGACCGUGCGCUUCCUGCAGGAGCUGCCUGCGUCCUCAUGGCCCAUGGCAGCGCCCGUGCCUUGCGACAGCUACCGCGAGGGCUACAGCGCCUGUGUGGCGCGCCUGGCCCACGUGCUGCCCGCCUGCCGCGUCCUGGAGCCCGCCGUGAGCGCGCGCCUGCUAGAACACCUGUGGCGGAGAGCUGCGGGCGCCACUCCCGAUGGCGGGCGCGCUGGUGACUCCGGUGGCCCAUCUGCGCCCACCCCAGCGUCCGCGUCUGCCCCACAGCCCGCAUCCUUGCCCAUGCCCUCGCCGCCCUCGCCUCCCUGUGGCUCUGGCCUCUGGCGGCCGUGGUAGCCCCUCGGCCAGUCCACAGACCCUGCCGACUGCUUGGGACCUGGGGCUGCUGUUCCCAUCAUGAAGGGUCAGCCAAGUAUCCACACCCAGGCCGGAAGCCGGAUGUUUCAUGGGGACUUGCUGAGCGUUUGCCAGAAGGGGAGGAUUCUCCCUCGAGUCCCCAGAUCAGCAGCCUGUGCUAGAGACCAGAGCACCUGGGGCAAGAAGACAGAACCGAUGUGGGGGUGGGGAUGGGCACUAAUUCCAACUGUGCCACACAAACCCAUGAUGACCUUGGCCCUGGUUUAGGUGGCAGGAUAUGGAGGAAGCUAUGGGCAUUAUUGAAAAAGUCAUUGUUAAGCCAACAGGGUGAGGCUCCCAGCAAAGCCAUGCUGUCUUCGUGCCUCCCUGGGCCCAGAGGGUUAGACUGUAAGCUCCUCGAGGCACUGGGUGCACAGUGGGUGCUCACUGAACAUGGUGGACUAGUGAGCAGGGGAUUUGAGAGAACGACCCUGUAAUGAGCUUUGGACACUCUGGCAUUUGCCUUAACAUCCAUGCCCUGGGAUCAUUUGGAUAUUUACUCCAUGAGGACAAAUACUGGGGAAGUGUGGAGAGGAGAGAGGGCAGGUUUCAUUUACUUUCCCCCAUUUCUGAGAAUGAGCACCUGCUGCCACUGCCUUUCUGAGUCUCUGGGAGCAAGUAACCCGCAGCCCAAGCCCAUCUAGGACGCCACAUCAGGCAGGCACCAGACUGGCUCCUUGUCCCCAUAAAAACUCUCAGUACAGCUUUUUUUAAACCUAUUCUGUAAGAACUAGCCAACCAGGGGGACCCUUGAUUCCUUUCAGCCACGCUUGCCACUUCUGACUUCUGAGAGUCCAUCUCUGUUUGCAGUUCUGUGACUUUCGUUGACCUGGCUCCAAUCAAGCACAAUGCAAGCAGUGGGGGGAGGGGAGUUGUAGAUGGGCCAGUGACUCACAGGGUCAGGUGCUCUGGGGAGCCUGAGUCAGGAGGCCAGUGGGCCCUGGAAGGGAGGGGGCAAGCCCAGGUGGGUGAGGUUCUGGGCCUGAGGCAAGAAGGCAGAGUUUCUUAGCAGGGGUGUGCAAGAGCUGCCCAGAAGGUCUCAGCUGGCUCUCCAAGCUGGGCUUGCGAAAUAGGAACGCCAGCAUCCUCCUCCGCAGGCAGUGGCAGGCACCUCCUCCUACUAGCUCCUCAGGUGCCCCCGAGCCCUGUCUGAUGGCCGAAGGUGAGCGCAGAGCGGUGGGCUUUUCCUGUGUGGAGGGAGACUGAUUCAAAGGGACAUUUAUGACCCUUCACCAGUCCCACAUCCUGCCCAAUGGCCAGGUCUUGGGAUGCCUGUUCCAAGAUGCUUCUGUGACUCCAUGUCUGUCCGAUGAUUGCCCCAGCUGGGGAAAAGGCUCCCAUGUCUCUUCCUCAUAAAACUAGUGGGCAAGGCCAGGUGCAGUGGCUCACGCCUGUAAUCCCAGCACUUUGGGAGGCCGAAGCGGGUGGAUCACCUGAG